AUGCCGUUGCGCACGAUUCUCCCGAUCCAGCUCCGGCGCAUCCCUCCCACGGCCCCAGCAACCAUCACCAGGCGCCUAUCCUCGAUGUCCGAACAACUCAUCUACAGCGGCAAUGGCACCGCCCCGAUCCAGUCGCCUUCGGCGUCAACGGCGUCAACGAAGGAAACCCUCGACGCAGAGCGCCGCGAGAGCCUGAACAAGCAAGCCUCCCAGCAGCAACCUGGCAGCAACGGCGAGGGCGCCCACACCCUCGCGAGCCUCCCCAAGUCAUGGCGCUUCACCUCGCAGCUCCCGCCCGACCCCCUCUUCCCCACGCCCGCCGACUCCCACAAGACACCCCGCGAUAGCAUCACCCCAAGACAGGUCCGCGGCGGGCUCUUCACAUGGGUCCGGCCCGAGACCCAGACCGAUCCGGAGCUCCUCGCCGUCUCCCCGGCCGCCCUGCGCGACCUGAACAUCAAGCCCCGCGAGGCCACCACCGAGGGGUUCCGCCAGUGGGCGGCCGGCAACGUCCUCCUGGGCUGGGACGAGGAGCGACUUACCGGCGGCUACCCCUGGGCACAGCUAUACGGCGGGUUCCAGUUCGGCCAGUGGGCGGGGCAGCUAGGGGACGGGCGCGCCAUCAGCCUGUUCGAGACGACGUCGCCGACGGCCAGGGACCCGUGGGCGGGCGGCGCGCACGAGACCAAGUACGAGGUGCAGCUCAAGGGCGCGGGCAUGACGCCGUACAGCCGCUUCGCGGACGGCAAGGCGGUGCUGCGGAGCAGCAUCCGCGAGUUCGUGGUGAGCGAGGCGCUGCACGCGCUGGGGAUCCCGACGACGCGCGCCCUGGCGCUGUCCCUGCUCCCGCACAGCAGGGUGCGGCGCGAGACGGUCGAGCCGGGCGCCAUCGUCGUGCGCUUCGCCCAGAGCUGGGUCCGCCUCGGCAACUUCGACAUCCUCCGCGCCAGGGGCGACCGGGACUCGAUCCGCAAGCUGGCCACCUACGUCGCCGAGGAGGUCCUCGGCGGCUGGGACCGGCUGCCCUCCAGGCUCAGCAGCCCGGACAAGCCGGCCGACGCGCCGGAACUGGAGCGCCCGCCCCGGGGCGUCGUCGGAAAAGACGAGGUGCAGGGCCCCGCGGACGCGGCUGAGAAUCGCUUCGCUAGGAUGUACCGCGAGGUCGUCCGCCGCAACGCGCUCACUGUCGCCAAGUGGCAGGCCUACGGCUUCAUGAACGGCGUGCUGAACACGGACAACACCUCCAUCUACGGGCUUUCUAUCGACUUUGGGCCAUUCGCCUUCAUGGACAACUUCGACCCGGCCUACACGCCCAACCACGACGACCACAUGCUCCGGUACAGCUACCGCAACCAGCCGACCAUCAUCUGGUGGAACCUCGUGCGCUUCGGCGAGGCGGUCGGCGAGCUGCUCGGCGCUGGCGACACCGUCGACUCGGACAAAUUCGUCGUGGACGGCGUGUCCGAGGGCGCGGAGGCGGACGAACUGGUCGCGCGCGCCGAGAAGCUCAUCGAGCAGGCCGGCGAGGAGUACAAGGCGGUGUUCCUGGCCGAGUACAAGCGGCUCAUGACGACGAGGCUGGGGCUGCGGCGGUUCCAAGAGUCCGACUUCCAGGAGCUGUUCAGCGGCCUUCUCGACGCCAUGGAGGCCCUGGAGCUGGACUUCCACCACACCUUCCGCCGGCUCAGCUACGUCAGGGUCGCGGACCUGGACACGGAGGACCUGAGGCGGGAGACGGCGGGCGUGUUCUUCCACAAGGAGGGCAUCAGCGCCACCGGCGUCACGGAGGCUGAGGCCCGGCAGCGCGUGGCUGCGUGGCUGGAGAAGUGGCGGGCACGAGUUGUUGAGGACUGGGGCGUCGAGGGCGAGGACGGGAAGCGCGUGGUCGACUCGGCCAAGGAGGAGGAGAGGAUGGGCGCGAUGAAGAAGGUCAACCCGAGCUUCAUCCCGCGGAGUUUUAUACUAGACGAAAUUAUCCAGAGGGCGGAGAAGGGCGGCGAGCGAGAUGUUCUGCGCCGGGUUAUGCAGAUGGCUCUGCAUCCAUUUGAAGAACAGUGGGACGGUAACGAUUUUGAGGGGACGGUAUACAAGGGGGAAAGAGAAGAGGAAGUCCGAUGGACGGGUGACGUGCCCAGGUUCCAGAGAGCAAUGCAGUGUAGCUGCAGCUCAUAG